AUGUAUAACGCGGAAUAUACGUGUGGACCGUGGUCAGUUUCUUCCUAUGAUACGUUGGAGGCUCAUACCAAAUUACCCCAACCCCUAACUAGGGGCAAAUCGUCCAAGUUUAGAUUAAUUUUUAAUUUGUCAACAUUGGCAAACAUUGGGAAAGUCCGGUUCAGUUUCACGUCGAAUAAAUUCCUAAUUUUAGUGAAUUCGCGACUAUCUAUUAUGAGACCCAGGGCCAAUAGGGUUGCCCUAAAUGUUGGGGACGUUUUGCAGGUGCAAACGAGUGAGGGAAUUUUCCGUGGAACCUAUCAAUCCAUUAGUGAAGAUUGCCUAAUUUUAGAUGAUGCGAUUUUACUGAGGAGAGCAGAUAAAAAGAACUUAUCUGACGACGACGAUGACGCCGAUAAUGCCGGCUAUGACGUCAUCAGAAGAGGCCAUCACCAAAGAACAGAUAACAAUAGAAAUAAUUUUCAAGAUAAGGGUUACGAUAAGCUGAUGAAGACAAUUUUCAACAAAAAGUACAUUUUCAAUCACGAAGAUAUACCAAAGUGUAAAGAUGACGCUGAUGAUGAUGAUGGCGGGGGUGAUGGUAGUGAUAACAACAACAAUAAUAAUAAUAACAACUACUUCCUGUUUGACAUCUUGUCGCUGGGAUAUGAGGCAUUCACUGGUCGUCAUUACAAUGGUCACAACAACAAAAAUAAUAGGAAUAAUAAUAACGGAAGUGGUGAUGAUAAUGAUGAGUACCAGAAAGAUGAUGAUGAUGAUGAUGAUGAUGAUGACCGAGCAGGCUUGUCUGAAAUACUCGAAGAUAAACGCAUUAAAAAGAUGAUGUUCGAUUGCCGCCUACCUUCAAGAAUUCUCCACCGGACCUACCGCACCGUCCUCACAAACGUCCUUGACAUUCAGGUCAUCGAAAUCCUGCUCUCUGUCUGCUGCUCUAGUCUAGACAGCGGUCUAGACGACUGUCUAGACCGCUCGUCUGGACGGGGUUUCAGUCAGAUGGGUAUUAAGAAAAAUAGAAAUAAUAAGCUGAGGGGUUUGGUUGACGUUGUGAGGGAUUGUUAUAGUUAUGAUGAUGGUGGUGGUAAUAAUAAUAAUAAUAAUGAUGAUGAUGAUGAUGAUGAGAACGAUGGUGGUAGUGAUGGUAGUGGUGAGAGAAUGGUGAGUUUUUUGGAGUUAGAAAGACAGAUCAAGAUGAUGAGAAAGUAUGAAGAAACACCACAUCUUUGGGAGAAAAGAACUUUUACCGCUACUACUACUGCUGCUGCUGCUGCUGCUGCUACUACUACUAUUACUACUACUACUACUACUAACAACAACAGCAACAAAAGUAAUGAUAAUGAUGACGUUAGUUAUGAUGACGAUCUCGUCAAGUCACUCAUCUUUCAAGUGGCCCAUCUGGAAAGGGUGGAGAAGACGAUGAUGAAGAUGAUGAUGAGGAUGAUGAUGAGGAGGAUUAAAGAUGGCGCUGAUGUCUUUCUCAGCCACUAUAGAGAUGUUGAUGAUGAUAUGGUUGUGAUGAGGAUGGUGAAACAUCAUCACCAGGAGGUCCCGAGUUCGAUGGGUGAUUUGACGCGCUCGGCCAGCAUCGCGAGGCUUACCGUGCAGAAACUGACGAAGGCCAAAGGUCAAGAGACGAACUCCAGCCAUACGAAAUUGAAACCAAACGACAACAACAAUAAUAAUAAUAACAAUAGUAAUAAUAAUAAUAAUAAUAGUAAUAAUAACCGUGAUCACUAUCACCAUCGCCAUAAUACUGGUCAUAAAAAUGGUGCUGAUUGUGGUGAAGAAGAAAGUGAUGAUGAUGAUGAUGAGGGUGAGGACGAUGAUGAUGAUGAUGAUGCUAGAGAUGACGUCACAACCUAUAAGAAUAACAAUAAUAAUAAUUAUAAUAAUAAUAAAUUGAAUAAUAAUGAUAAUAAUAAUAACAUUGGUGGAGUGGGUGAGAGCAGUGAUGCAAAGAGCAAUGUCAGGAAGUUUUUUGAAAGUUAUAAAUACGAUAAUAAUAAUAAUAAUAAUAAUAAUAAUAAUAAUAAUAAUAAUAAUAAUAAGAAGAAGAAGAACAACAACAAUAAUAAUAAUAAGAAGAACAACAACAACAAUAAUAAUAAUAAGAAGAAGAACAACAACAAUAAUAAUAAUAAGAAGAAGAACAACAAUAAUAAUAAAAAUAUCGUCGACGGUGAUGAUUAUGAUUGCAACAAUGAAAAUGAUGAUGAUGAUGAUGACGACGAUGAUGAUGUUUAUGUUUUGGCCCGGGGGCUGCGAGGUCGGGAUGGCGAGGAGGGAGGGAGAGAGGAAGAAGAUGCUGAAGAAGUUGAUGACGAUGAAUAA